CGUCAACGGCAUUUUUCAGUUGCUAACGUAUCAUUCAUGUACGCUGCCAUCAGCACAUAGGUUGCAAAUAAGGCAAUUUUAAAUAGCAUUAAAUAAACUACAAAGUGAACACUACUAGAAGAAUUUUCUUCAAUAAGCCUUUGCAAUUUAAUAACAUUUUCAAGGACUUUCUUCUUUUUGUGUUAGUAAACAUGGACAAUAUUGGUUUCGUAGUUGAUGAGAACCUGCCAGUGAUAAGUGAUGUGACAUUAGAACACGAGCCGCGCUGCGUUGCUGUGUACAGGAGCGGCUCUAGGAUUGAUGUCCCGUCAUGUUCCUGUCGAGAGUAUUGUGGCACCAUCGUACCUGUAUACGGCUUCACAUUUCCAACUAUUCAGUUGUCGGCGUUACGCUACAACGGUGGUCAGUGCGAACAGGUGCGCGACUUUGCUGUUUGCGGCCACUACUCGAAACCCAUAAAUUAUCACUUAAACGAGCUCCUGUUUCAAGAAGUUGGCAUGAAUCAGCAGCGGGGUUUGCUGAAUGGUGGCUCUUACAUAUGCCUCGGUGAAGUAUACCGGGGUACCACAGUGCCCAACAAAAAGAGUAAUGUUAAGAAAAUCCUUCGCCUUGGAGGGGCAGCUAAGAAGAAAUUAGACCCCUAUUUUGAUGAUUGUGUAUCUGAUAUGACUGAGGUGUUGACGGAAAAUACCAUUGAAGAUCAAGAAAAGCCGGCUCCGAAAAUGCCUAUCAGUGCUGAAGAGACCGCUCUACUCGGCAUGGAUGACAUCGAGCUGAAGAACAUCCAGCUGCAGUUCCCAAGCGCUCGUCGGUUCAGCGGCGAGGGGGGAUGCGUCGAGGUGCGUGUGCGCACCGAUCGCGGCGAUAUCGUUGUCGCGGUACAAGGCGACCGCUCCAAGCCAGCCAUCAUUACGUACCACGAUCUUGGACUCAACUAUGUUUGCUUCCAACCGUUCUUCAACUUUGUGGACAUGAGGGCGCUCUUAGAAAACUUCUGUGUGUACCACGUGAAUGCGCCGGGACAAGAGGACGGGGCUCCGAGCCUACCUGAAGACUACCUGUACCCAACAAUGGACGAGUUGGCAAACCAGCUCAACUACGUGCUUGGCCACUUCGGGAUCAAGACGUUCAUCGGAUUCGGAGUCGGCGCUGGCGCCAACAUCCUCGCGCGAUUCGCUCUUGUGCACCCACAGAAGGCAAAAAGCGGUGCGAAGAACUUCCAUCAACAUCUUAUGAAGCUCUCGCUCAGUAAUUGGAUUGAGAAGCUGAUAAAGAAAGUGGUGGAUGCCUUGGCUCUCAUCAACUGCACGUCGAAUCAGGCCGGAUGGAUCGAGUGGGCUUAUCAGAAAAUGAACUCCCGUUCGCUGAAGAACCGAGGCAUGACCCAAGGCGUUCUCGACUACCUCAUGUGGCACCAUUUCGGACGGUUCCCGGAGGAGCGCAACCACGACCUGACGCAGAUGUACCGCAUGUACUUCACUCGGAACGUGAACCCUACGAACCUAUCGUUGUUGAUUGACGCGUACGUGCGGCGCACCGACCUCGGCAUCGCGCGGGAGAACGACACCAUCAAGGUGCCGGUACUGAACAUCACCGGCGCGCUCUCCCCGCAUGUCGACGACACCGUCACCUUCAACGGACGCCUCAACCCCAACAACUCUACGUGGAUGAAGAUCUCGGAUUCGGGCAUGGUGCUGGAGGAGCAGCCGGCUAAGAUAUCCGAGGCCUUCCGCCUAUUCUUGCAGGGCGAGGGCUACGUUGCGCCACUGUCGCCCACCAAGAUCACAGCGUACCGGCGACUGUCGGACGCCGGCCGCCGUCGUCCUUGCCGCCACUCGCCAGUCAUCCGCAUCACCGAGAACCCGAUCUCGGAGGCGGUGGUCUGCUAAACUAACUCCCUUUCGCUAAAGCUCGCUGAUGGAUACCCCACGAGUGAUUUAGUAAAAACUUUGCUGAAAUGUUAUCGCGGCACUAGCGAUGUAAAAUGAUUGUGCGUAAAACUUGAGGAUGCGCUGAAGUACUCGAUAGUGUCGUCCAGCAUCCUCGUGGGGCCGCGUGCGCGAGCUGACCGGGACACACGAACAUCUAGCUAAGUUCCUCACAUCUCGUGAGUCGCACUGUUGAAGUUAUAUCAUUUAUCAUUUAAGAAGAAUUUUAUUAGAACCCACUGAUAUAAUAUUACAUAAUUAUAAUGUACCACUAUAUAGCGUUAUAUCAUUCAGUUAGGCUAACUUCACACGUAUGUAUCUGUCCAUAUUUGUUUACGCGACUGUGUAAGGGAGUUAGUUAGCGUGAUUAUUUUGUAACUUAGUAAUAAAUUGAACAUGAGGGGCUGCUGUGAAAGCGGCGUCAGGCCGGCGUGUCGUCGCGCGCUACUAACCGACAUGGGACUCGUCGUUGUGCCGGAAUAAAGACUAGUAUUAAUGUAACAGCACAUUGUCCACAUUGAUUAACGUUACGAUAGAUAGCUGAUCUAAUUAUGUUGGAGUCCAUGUCAAGUGGUGCGCGCCGGCCGGGCUCGGCAGUGGCGCCGCGCGCGCUAACACGUCGCUGGGUGCUAUGCUAAGACCAAGAUAGAUUUCGAAGUUGAUCAUUUGAUGACAGUCGUUUUGGAAACAAUGAAUCAUUAUAAUUUUUUUGAAAUUUGUUAUACCAAAAAUAUUUUUUUUGUUAUACUUAAAUAUACAAUUGUGAGAUGUUUUAAUACGUUUGUUGAUUUUUUGCAUGUUGAUUAUAUUAAUUUACAUUAUCAGUAUUAAAUUUUGUAUAAGUUUAAAUUACUUAUUUGUAUAAUAAGAAUAACCUAAGUAUUUAUCACCGCUUUUAGUAGUUGACUUAAAUAAUACAUAUUAGAGAACAAUGAAUGUUAAACGUGCAGCAGCUUGUUAAGAGAUUUUCAUUUAUUAUAAGUAUUUAUUUAAUAAUAAUAAAUAUGUAAUUUUACGAGUAUAUUAGAAAAAGGAAUGUGCGUAGGUUAAAAUUUAAAAGGAAGGGGCGUGAGGUGAUUGUAAUAAUGUGAAGAUUUGGCAUGCGCGUAUCAUACUCUUCGAAUUUAUCGUGUAUGUAGACUUACACGCCGGUGGAUAUUUUACUAAUCAUUUUGGCCGGCUACUUGUUAGUGGUUAUGUAUGGAUUGAUACUGAUCAUAGCGGAUGAUUGUCUGGAAGCUGAGAGUGCUCGGGGCUCAGGAGUGACACCAGUCGGUGGUGUACUGAUGUAACGAAGGAAGGCCACACAUACAUACUUAGAUUGUUCAGGUCAAUGUUUACGAUGUUGAAAGGUUUCUCUUAAUAAUUAGAAUCUUGAAUCAGUAGCGGAAUCUCAGUAGAUCUGUUUGUCCCCACCUCCACGGUAUGGCGCGGCACUCUAGAGGCACGCACGGCGGACACGCGCCAUACGCUCACACUCGAGGUCGCCUCUAAGCUUUGUAGACGUACAAUCGAUUAAUAUUUAGUUUAUAGAAGUUCCACAUUUUACUCUUUCGUUCAAGUGUAGAAGAUGUUACAUUUAGAUAUUUUUUGUUCACUGAUAUUUGUGUGAAUUUAAUGGGUCUAUUAAAAGUGAUUUUAUAAACUUUGUGUUAUUC